GGAAAGAAAUUUCUCCCAUUUGCCUCCCGAGAUUCUCAAUGUUAAUUGCGUUUUGUGUGAUGAGAAUAGAUUAGUUAGUGUUAAAGCUUUGUGUUUCUUCCGUGUGGAAUGGAACUGUGUUUUUAAGUUUUUGCUGAGAAGUGAAAGUCAGUGUUUUUUUUUUUUUUUUAAUUCUGAUAUUGGUUGUGGAAAUAUUCAUUUAUUUUUCCACCAUUUAGUGAUCAUUACUGGAGGAAAAACGUACGGAAAUAAAAAAAGUCUGCUGAGUGAAAAUUGAUAAUAACGGGACAUAUGUUUUGGAAGUGAAGUUAAUAAUAGUCCUGAUUAAUUAAAAUACAUUUAGCAAUUGUGAUACAGUUCUGAAGUGAUAAGAGUUUAUUUUUCAUCUGGAUAUAUAUAUAUAAAUUUCUAAGUACAUGCGCAUAUACAAGUAUAUAUAGCAACAUGUACUAGAGUGUAUUAGAUAGUUGUGAAAAAAGGUGUGAGGAAGUAUCAUACUAUAGGAAUUCAUUAAUCUAUUCCUGACCAGGAGGAAUAAAUGGGUUUGUUAAAAAACAAAUGUGAAUGCUAAACGUUUAAGCAUUGAAUGAUAAUUUAUUUCUUCAUUAACAGUUUUGUAGUCAUCAAAUAGGAGAGGUGUGUUGAAAUAAAAAUGACUGUGUGAAAAAUAGUGAAUUUCUUAAUAGGUCGCAAUAUAUUUAUAGAAAAUUGAUAAUUAUAUGUCUGCGUUUGUUUAAAACGUUAAAAGUGGACUAUAUUAUGACACGGAACAGUGUAUGCUGUGAGGUUCGCGUGGAUUUACAUUUUCUGUGAGACUCGAUCAAGAUUUCACCAUGCUAACGAAAGUUCUGCCCACCAUUCAAGAGGAGUUUAAAUCUCGGGGUAACGGAUUCAAACAAGGGGAAUCACUCGGUUCCUCCGAAAGGGAGAGCGAAGAUGAAAUCAGAGAUCCCCUGGGCUCCGGUGACACAGGGAUGGACAUCAACAGCCAUUUUACACCAAUACGCAAAGCAGAAAUGACCCAGUCCCCCCUAACCUCGCCAGUGGUGGAGCGCCGCCCCAUCCCCACCAACAUCUUCAACGACCCCCACCUCCAGCAAGGCCUGGCCAAAAUCAAGCACGAGCAGGAGCUCCAGCACCAGUUGCUGAUUCAGCACUACCAGCAACAGCAGCACCAGCUAGCACAGGAGCACGAGAAACAGCUACAGGACCAUAUCAAGAUUCGAACAGAGGAGCAGUACUUUAAGCAGUUGGUCUUUAUGCAGAAGCAACAAGAGUUGCUGGAGCAACAAAAAAUUAAGAUGCAGGAGCAACAUCGCAUGGAGAAAGAAAUAAUGGAGAACGAGAGACUGGAACAGAUCAAAAACAAAAAGGACGGAGAACAGAGUGCUGUUGCUUCAUCAGAGGUCAAGGCCAGAUUGCAAAACUUUGUGCUGAACAAGAAACAGCGCGAAGCCUCUGCCAGAAACUCACCACCCGCCUUACGAUGGGGAGUGGACCAAAGUUCCCCUCCCCAGGGAAUCUCCCCUCCCUACGCCUCUCAUCUCCUGGGCAAAUACGAGGAUUUUCCACUCAGGAAAACAGCCUCCGAGCCAAACUUGAAGGUGAGGUCUGCGCUAAAACAAAAAUUAGAAAGCCAGCGACGAAUCACCCACAGCCCAAUUCUACCCCGGAAGAACAAAUUUGUCAAACGGAAGCCCCAGCUUUCAUUGGACUGCAGCAGCAACUCCGACUCUGGACCAAACUCCCCACCCGCUGGACUUCACGCCUCAAUGGUUAAUGGCAGCAUGGCUUCCAAAGAGCAUGAUGGAAGCAGCUACCCCUUUUCGUUGUAUCGCUCCAUGGUGUACCACGCCAAUGAUUUGUACCCAUCCCCAUCAAUGCCGAACAUAUCCCUGGGACGCCCCGCAUCAUCAUCUGGUAAUUCUAGUUCUCCGGAGGCAGAUCUCCGUAGUCUCAAUCAUCCACCUCGCGGGCUGCCCGCACACCUGGGCGGUUACCCAAUUUACCCAGUCACAGGACAUGAAGUUGAUCUCUCAAACCCCUCCAACCCUGCCUUCCUCUCGGCCCAGAUAAAGGCGCUAGAGGAGGCCCGCAAUCAGGCCAAACUGGGUCAGUCCAUCCCAUACUCCUCUCUGCAGGCCGUGCCUGGUAGUGCCGCCUCAGAGGCUCGGCAAGCUAGGAUUCAUGGGCGACACAAGCCCCUCAACAGAACCCACUCAGCCCCCCUCCCGAUCGGCCACCCCUUCUUACAGCAAACCUACUUGAUGCAACAAGCAGCGGCAGCCGCUGCAGCAACCGGGGACCACGGAGGCAACAUGUCGUCCGAGCAAAUAAUGAAGGACAAGAUGUUCGUGAAGCAGCACAUCCGGCAGGCGGUGUUACAGAGGGUGGGCAGCAAGUCUCACAUGGAGAACGUGGACGAAGAGACCGAAGCCAGACUCGCUCAGGAGAUGCGUGAAUCUCGGGAGCAGAUGAAUGAAGAGAUGCGGGAGAGGAUGGAGGAGUCGUACAUUGAGGAGAAGGAGAUGCAGUUGAACCUGAAGCCCCGACACAAGGGGCCUUCCCAUCACCGACCACUGGCCCGCACCCAGUCUAGUCCGCUGGUCCUGUCCAUCCCACCCCCAGAGCCCCAGGAACCCACCCCCAUCUCAUAUAGAUACACCACAGGUAUUGCCUAUGAUUCAAUCAUGCAGAAACACGAGUGUACGUGUGGUAAUCAUGCUAACCAUCCCGAGAACGCCGCUCGCUUACAGAGUAUCUGGUCACGACUACAGGAGACGGGCCUCGUCAACCGGUGUGAAAAAAUCAAAAGUCGUCGGGCGACGAUUGAAGAGCUUCAAAGUUGUCAUUCAGAGCUUCAUACGAUACUAUAUGGCACCAACCCCAUGCAUCGACAUAGACUUCUUGAUCAUGUUCAAUUUUGCAUACUGCCUUGUGGAGGAAUAGGAGUUGACUCUGACACAGUGUGGAAUGAAAUGCAUACAUACACAGCGGUCAGGAUGGCUGCAGGAUGUGUCACGGAGCUAGCAUUAAGAGUUGCUAACAAGGAUCUGAAGAAUGGUUUCGCUGUGGUUAGACCGCCUGGACAUCAUGCAGAAAUGAGCACACCAAUGGGAUUCUGUUAUUUCAAUUCUGUUGCCAUAGCAGCCAAACAGCUAAAAGAGAAAUCAAAAGUGAACAAGAUCUUGAUUGUGGAUUGGGACGUUCACCAUGGCAACUCCACCCAGCAAAACUUUUUCAAUGACCCCAAUGUGUUGUACAUAUCUAUUCAUCGCCAUGACAAUGGGAACUUUUUCCCUGGGACCGGUAAUCCAACGGACUGUGGAUCAGGGGACGGCCUUGGGUUCAAUGUCAACAUUGCGUUUGGGGGAGCCCUCAAUCCUCCCAUGGGGGACGCAGAAUACCUAGCUGCCUUUAGAACUAUUCUGAUGCCUAUCGCCAAGGAGUUUAACCCCGACAUUGUGUUGAUUUCGGCUGGAUUUGAUGCAGCCAUAGGUCACCCUCCCCCACUUGGAGGUUACAAUGUCUCCUCAGCAUGUUUUGGUCACAUGACCCGCGAGUUGAUGUCUCUAGCAGAUGGUAGACUGGUUCUGGCCCUAGAGGGAGGUUACGACCUGCCGUCAAUCUGUGAUGCCACAGAACUCUGUAUUAAAGCUCUUCUUGGAGAUGAGCUACCCCCGGUGAAAGAAGAAGAAUUGUGUAGAGCCCCUUGCAAACCAGGGCAGGAAACUCUUGAGGAAACAAUUAAAAUACAGGCUAAGCACUGGCCCUGUGUCCAGAAAUAUUUAGGGACCAUUCAUUAUUCGUUGAUGGAGGCGCAAAAGCGAGAGAUGGAGGAAGCAGACACGGUUACAGCGCUGGCGUCGUUGUCAAUGGUGGCUGCCAAACAGAGCAUGUCCGACGAAUCUUCAGAACCAAUGGAAGAAGACAAGUCUUAACCGUUGUGUACAAACUGUUACCAUGGAAACAAGCACACACAUCAACUCAAGCAUGCAGCUGAUGGAGAUCACAUCUCCGCUGUGUUGUGGAUUAGCUCCUUGUUGCUAUAAAUAGAACUGUCCGCAGGUGGUUGUCUGUUUUGAUGUUACGAGAUUUCAGUGACCAUAUUCACUGCCAAGAAAGGACGCCAGUCAGAUGAACGUAGCCGCAGGUCAUUUGAAUGCUUUUGGUUGGUUCCCGACGCAGAAUGCACAAAGCCUUAAUUCUGGAUUGGUUCGGGAGUCCGAGGAAGAGUAAUCGGUGUUCGGCAAUUAGAUGCCAUGGAAAGCUUGACCAAGAUACAGAGACUGCGAUAUUAUAUGUACAUGUUGAAAAAUAAGAAAGAUUUUGAAGUGUCUGUAGCAUUGAGAAGUAUUUAUGAAUAUAUUUAUAUACAGUUGUAUACAUGUAUCAUAAAUAUGUCUAUAGGAUUCUAAGGAAGAAAUUGUUGAGAGAAACUCUUUUUUUGUGAUUUAGAUGUUUAAAGAGAUAGACUGUCUUUAUUUUUAGGGUCCUGUGAUAUAUGACUUAGAAAAGGAAACUUGAUGCCAGGUGUAUUUAUUUCGUUGGUCAAUAUUUGAUAAUUAAUAAACAGGUGUAAAAUAUUCAUCGUCAGCAAUGACCCAGUUUUUGUCUUGUCUUUUUUGCAGCAGAAUGUGUAUUUUUACUUGUUGUCAUUUAUUUCUGUGAAGUAUUUUUCAUGAGAGAGAAAAAAAAAGAAGAUAUUUUGAAAUGAUAUAUUCAAUUUUUUUCUUUUUCUUUCAAUUCAUUGUCUUCAUUUUAGAUUUAUCAAUGGCAUGACAUAUCUUUUAUAAACAUUUUCAUCAUGCGCAUGUUUGGAGCAACAGUUGUCUAUAUUAGUUCUUUUUUUUUUAAUCAUAUGGGCCAAACAAGGUUCAACUUUUUUUACCUUGGCAUAAAUUCAAGAGGAAUAUUUCAGGUAAAUUUUGACCUUUGACCUUUUUAUUGUUCAGUGCCUGUGGCAGUUAAGAGCAAUCAAAUUUUUUGGAUAUUUUUCACCAAUUUCCUUUUUCUUCAACAUUGUCCUGUCAUGGGCAAACAUAUUUUAACCAUACUGAUGAACUGUAAAAACAAGAUGAAUAUCAUCCCCAGCACAACCAGAAUUGAUUGGUGUGCAUUUGUUCUUCAUGUAAUGUUGAAAAAAAAUAAAAUGUUAUUUAUCAAAUUUCAUAUCAUCAUGAAAAAAGUAUUUUUGUUGGUGCAAAAAAAUCUUAACCAAUCAAAUCAUAUUUUUGUUGUUGAAAGAAAACAUUUUGUCAUAUUUGUAAAUGACCAAUCAGAUCUGGUUUUGCAAGUGCUGGGAAUUCUUUUUGACCAAUCAGAUUUGGUUUUAUGUCUGUAUUUGUUGUUAAGCCUUGUGAUACUCCAUACUAUUGUUAUUGUGAGCAGCAAUAUUACUGGUUCUGUCAGAUGGUAGUCAUGACGCUUUACUGUACUUGUUAUCAACAAUAAAGACUAAAUCAAAAUG